CUUAAUUCGGAACAAUAAGUCAUUGUUUAGCAAACUUUGUAGUAUAUAAAACAUCGCAAGUGAAAUGAGGGAAAUAAUUCAUCGACUGCGUAAGAGUUUCAGUUGUAAAAUACGUUCAUAAAAACAUGGUUGUAUUUUAAGCCGCUUCCAUAACCAGAGCACGAAAAAUGUAUAUACUAUUCACCCUCACAAUUAUAUUACUCGGCACAAUAAAUUGUUACAAGCACAGCAAGUAUUUAACAAAAAGCUUGGACUCUGAGCCCUCGUUAUCAAUACUGUACGCCCGAGACAAGAAAAGUGACACGAUCACUAAUGAAUGCCUCAUGGAAAUGUACCCACGGAAUUUGUAUAAAUACCCCUUACACAUAGACAGGAACGACAUACCGUGCAUCAUACAUUGUGUGUUAAAAAAGUUCGGCAUCAUGUCCAAUGACGGUAUUAUAAACAUAAGGAACUACUACAGACGGGUGCAAGCCAUCCAUCGAUACGAUCCAAGGGUUUUGAUAUCGGAUGUUGGGGAGACAUGCGCACAAAAUAUUAACGGCAUGAAUUUGGACCAUGACGUCUGCAAGAAGGCGAAAGUAUUUAACGAUUGUACGCAGCUAUAUGUGAUAUCAUAUAAAGAUCUGGAAGAUUGAUAUGCAUGGUCUAUUUAACAUUUGUAUUUUUAUAUUAAAUUUUAUACAAUGAAUAAAAUAUCAUAUAUUUUUUUUACUCAACCAAAAUAGACGAAUAUAAUAUAAAAAAAUAAGGCUUACUUUUUUAAGAUCAUGAUAUAUUUAAAUUCUGGAUAAUAUAGAUAUCAUAUCAUACUAUCAAUAUGUAAUCUACAAGCAAGAGUAGACAGCAAGGACAGUUUUGCAAUAUAUAUCGCAAUAUUCAAUUACCUUAGUACAUCUAAAUCAUCUAAUAUUUAUUGCUAGAAUAAAAUGGGCAAAUAUAUCAGAUUUUGAAAUUGCUACAUUCAUAAAUACUAUAAAUCAAUACAUGUUGCUUGUAAACGAAGAUAAAUGGCCAGUUCAAUUGAAAUUCUCGAACAAGAUCUGUUUUAAAAUAAGCACAUUUUCUGUUUCCGUAUAUUGUUGAAUCUUAUUCCUCACAAGAAGUAGCAAAAAGAAAAAAAAAAAACUCAUUUUUCUGAAUUGAAAAAAUAUCAUAAUUUUAAAAUAAUAUUUAUAAAGCUAGUUUAAAGUGAUAUGCGAAGAAUCAUCACCAUAAAACCCAACAUUUAUUUCCAGGCAGUUGGACCCACACUCGGUCUUUGACUUUAAAUCCCUCUUUAUCAACGCCAGUUUAAAUUAGCGUCGCCUUUAUUCAGAAUGAGAUUUGAUUUAUUAAAUUAACAUUGACGUAUAUUUGAAGGAUUUCGCCCGGAAGCUUUUAAAUCAUUUUAAAAUUAAUUAUCAACACAAAAUUAUAUAAUUCUAGUCACUUUGGAAGUCUCUGUAAUAGCCCUGAAAGGUGAAGGUAAACAUCCUUGUUCCUGACAAUGCUAUAAUAGCGAAUAGGGUUAAUGUAUAUAUGUAUAUAUUUUUGUUAUUGUUUCUGUGUACAAAAUAUAUAAGUAUAUACAAUCAACACAAAUCAUGCCUAUUUAUAUUAUAUUUAUAUUUCUGUAUAAGCCAUAAAUAACUUGAUGAAAUAAUUGUAAAUUUGUGUUUAUUUGUUUUUUACAACGUUGCCGAAUAUUGCUUCAACCGAUCCUCAUAAAAAUGUUAUGGGAACAGGGAAAGAAAAAUAAUUCUCAUCAUCUAGAAUAAUAUAUUGUUUUCUUUAGACAUCAAAAUAUGAUAUUUAAAUUUAAUUUUAGUAUAAAUGAGGGAUGGUCAUGAUUAAGAGGUCCAUAUAAUAAAAUGAAGGGACCAAAAGGCCUAUAAAACUAGUUUUAAAUAAAUUACACUGAGAAGUAACUAUAACGGAGCUUAAAUAUGGGUUGUAUUUGAACAGGACUAGUUUGUGUACUCAUACGGCUAUAUAUGUAAUUAAUAUACGUAUGAAUAAGGGUAAAAUUACUGCGUACUUCAACACUAACACAUUACUUAAUAGAAUUAAUUUGUGUAUUGAGACUGCCUACAGUUUUUUUGUCUGAACUUAUUCAUUUUAUAUUAUUCUAUGUAUAAUUUAUUAACAUGAUAUUUGGUAGCGUAACCACUAAAUGGUAUGUGAAAAAAUAAUUUAUUAAAACCCAAAUCAAAUAUAGUAGAAUGAAAAAUUUAUCGACUUGUGCAAAAUAUGGUCCUACGAUCUCAGAUAUAGCCUGUUUAGUUGGACAUCUAUGCAUUUCUCACACUUUAUUUUUUGCAAAAAAAAAUAUUUACUUAAGUCAUACACGCUUACACGAAUAUAUCCGAUUUGGUUUUCGUUGCAAGCAUCAAAUAUUUUUCGUACACGAAUUGGUUUGAAAAUGAACAAAUAUUUUCAUAAUCUACAAAAUAUUCAUUG